UCGGAGUGAGGCAUUUCUCGUUCGACUAGCAACAGCUCGCAGGAGAGCCUGAUGCCUCUCUGCCAAUACAGAUACUAGCUGGCAAAUAUUAAGCAGAGGGAGUUGAAGUCAUCCAACCAUACAUGUCGCAAUCCGCCCCAAUAUGCCCCAUGAUCAAAUCGGAUGGAUACAAUCAGCGAGUGGAGGGCGUGGGAAAAAAGGAAGAAAAAAACAUCAAAGUCGUCUGUUGCAUGAUCCUAGACCGAGUUCUACGCCAUCAAACUGUCACAGCAUCGCCGCCGGAGAACGUUGUGGAUUUCCAAGCCAGCUGCCUGAACCAGGUAAGCUAAUGGCGAUAUAUCGGGGUUUUUGGCGAGAUCCAAGCUCGCCUAUCAAGAGUCAAGACAGCCAUGCAACUGGACUUGAAUAUACCGCCGAGCCCGCGGUAACGAUAUUCCAAACUGCAAUAUCAAGCAACCUCCAGCGAACUGCUGAGAUAUCACUGAAUUUCUUGAUUGUGUCAUUCCAUCGGCCAAACUGGGCCCUCGAUGCGGGGUCGCGCAGCCUCGGUUUUGAUCCCAGCUUGAAGAAUAUCUCCGCGCGAAGCUGUCUAGCCUCCCACAUUGGCCACGUAUGUACAGCACAAUGCAUACCUACCGAUGUACAUGCCAAGCCCGGUUUGGGGGUCUUACCCGCUCAACGAGUUCUAGGUUACAACAUGCACGCGUUCCUACUUGGCAACCAACCACAGCUCUUUGGGAUUGUUGGAUCCGUUGGGCAGACAAGUCGGCAUUUGUGCCCUCAGCUCAGAUGCAGCUACAGUGGAGCGGCGAGCACGUUUGUCGCGACCUGUCAACAUGUAAUCUGUCAGCCUCUGGAAUACGUCUAGAGUUGGACGGGCGCUCCGACCUUUGGAGUGUGGCGCCUUCAACAUUUGGCCCUCGGCCCUGAAGAAUCGCAACCUCGUGACAGCCUCAGGGAAAUGUCGAUGAUCAGUAACGGUAGA